AUGGCCAAAACCUUUACCUACGACGAAGUACAGCAACAUCGCUCGGCUGAAUCGUGUUGGGUCAUUCUCUACGGAAAUGUCUACGAUGUCACGUCUUUCCUCCCCUCCCACCCUGGAGGCAGCAAGAUCAUCCUCCAACUCGCCGGCACAGACGCAACUGAAGAGUACGAUCCUAUACAUCCCCCAGGAACUCUAGAAGAGAGUCUACCCGAAUCCGCGAAGCUGGGCAAAAUUGACGAGAACACACUCCCCGCAGAAGAGAAGUCUCCCGCAGAAGACACAAAGAACGGACAAGAGCAGGAGAUCAUGAGCAUACCAGAAUGUCUGAAUCUGGACGACAUCGAACAAGCCGCAACCCAGAAGAUCAGUCGAAAAGCGUGGGGAUACUACUACUCCGCGGGCGACGACCUGAUCUCCAAAACCCUCAACAACACCGUCUACCAAAACAUCCUCCUCCGCCCGCGCAUCUUCGUCGACUGCACCAACUGCGACACCUCAACCACCUUCCUCGGCCACAAAGUCUCCGUCCCCUUCUUCGUCUCCCCAGCCGCCAUGGCCCGCCUCGCCCACCCCGACGGCGAGCACGGCAUAGCAGAAGCCUGCGCCAAAUACGGCGCCAUGCAACUCAUCUCCAACAACGCCUCGCAAACCCCCGAACAAGUCGUCGCAGGCGCCCAGCCCGGCCAGGUCUUCGGCUGGCAACUAUACGUCCAAACAGACCGCAAGAAGAGCGAAGACAUGCUCGCGCGGAUCCAGAAACUCCCCGCGGUGAAGUUCAUCUGUCUCACCCUCGACGCCCCCGUGCCCGGGAAACGCGAACACGACGAACGCACCAAGAACGUCGCUUCGAACCUCCCCGUGCGCAGCGCCGUUAUGGGCGAUGGCUCCCCCUCCGCGGCGUCCACGACCCCCGAGCCGGAGAGCAGCGGCGGCGUAGGCAAAGCGCUCUUCGCGGGCACCGCGCCAGAUUUGACCUGGAAAACCACCCUCCCCUGGCUAGCGAAACACACCAACCUCCCCAUCGUCCUCAAAGGCCUACAAACGCACGAGGAUGCCUACCUCGCCUCACUGCACGCCCCGCAAGUCAAAGGCAUAAUCCUCUCGAACCACGGCGGUCGCGCGGCGGAUACGGCUCCGCCUGCCGUGCAUACCCUCCUGGAGAUCAGGAAGUACUGCCCGUCCGUCUUGGACAGGAUCGAAGUCUGGGUGGACGGCGGGAUCCGUCGCGGGACGGACGUCGUGAAGGCGUUGGCGUUGGGAGCGAAAGGUGUGGGGUUGGGACGGGCGCCGUUGUUUGGCUUGGGGGCUGGGGGCAGGGAGGGCGUGGAGAGAGUAUUGGAGAUUUUGAAGGCGGAGACGGAGACGGCAAUGAGGUUGCUUGGGGUGGGGAGGGUGAGUGAGUUGGGGUUGAGGCAUGUGAAUGCGAGGAAAGUCGAGCGGGAUGUUUUUGAUGGAGGGGAUGGGUUGGAGGGACUUGCGGAAAGGGUCGCUUUAAAGAGUCGAUUAUAG